GUGGCGAAUCGGCGGCUCGGAAUCGCCAUCAUCAUCCACUAUAAUACCAAAGUUACCUGGCAAGGGUUUAUUUGUUAGGGUUUAUUGAGCUAGAAGUGAAAGAAGGCGAAACUAGUUGAGUGUCGUCUUCUCCAGAGGUUGAAGGUCUCGCUCUUCUCUCGGCUAUGGCGCUUCUCAAUCACCGCCCCCUCCUCUCAAUCCCCUCACUCCAUUCUCCAAGACUCAAGCCUUCUGCUCGAGUUUCAUGCUUCUCCGCCCGGUCAAAUUCCGUAGAUGCGGUUGAGUUGAAGUCUUCAAGGAAAGAAUAUGUGCCUGGGGUGGUUGAUGAUAUUUUCAUGAACGUGUUUCGCAGCAAAAUGGUGGAGGAGACUGGAUGGGACUCUGAGAAGCCUGGAUAUGAUGGAUUAAUUGAUGCCGCUCAUCGGUUAAUGGUUGGCCGAUCCAACUCUGAAGCUACCAAAGCUUCGGUACGGAUAUUAAGAUCGCUCUUUCCUCCAUUAUUGCUAGACCUCUAUAAAAUGCUUAUUUCACCCAUUGCCGGAGGCAAAGUGGCAGCUGAAAUGGUUGCAAGGGUGACUGCAAUUUCUUGUCAAUGGCUCAUGGGAACAUGUACUGUUAACUCGGUCGAUCUGCCUAAUGGAUCCUCGUGGUCUAGCGGGGUCUUCGUUGAGAAAUGCAAGUAUUUGGAGGAAAGCAAAUGUGUAGGUGUAUGUAUCAAUACCUGUAAGCUUCCUACGCAGACAUUUUUCAACGAGUACAUGGGAGUUCCUUUAGUGAUGGAGCCCAACUUCAGCGAUUAUAGUUGUCAGUUCAAAUUUGGAGUGUCGCCUCCUCGACCAGAAGAUGACAGUGCACUCAGGGAGCCAUGCCUUCACAUAUGCCCAACUGCCAAUCGACGCAAAGAAGUCAAUGCUGCCAUGGACGUGUCAAGAUGUCCAAAGGCUUAGACUGCUGAAUAGUAAAGUCUAAUACUCCUCAAUGUUGUAUUAUUAGAGUAUAGAAUAAUGCUCAAUUAGGAGAGCAAUACACAAACAUCGCUGUUAGUUCACAUGUUACCAGCGAUGUUGAAGCACACACCAUUCCAAUCCCAUACAUAACUGUAGCAUUUAAUUCCUUCACUCCCAAGCAUAUAAACGGCAUUCAGUUCAGUA